AUGAAUCGACCGAUCAUUUUGGUCACUGGGGCGAAUGCCGGUUUAGGUCUUGGAGUAUGUGAGCGCCUCUUGAUCCAGCUCUCGAGUACUAUGCCUUCAGAUAGUGGCAUGCUAGACGAUCCGAAGCACAACGUGGCUAGCACGCCAUUCCACGCGAGUGAGGGAUGCACGUUACUCCUGGCCUGUCGAAAUCAGGCCAAGGCUCGUGAGGCUGUAGCACAGCUGGAGUCGCUCCUGCAUCGCCUCAGCACGACAGACGAUGAGUACCUCGAGAAACAUGGGCUUCCAUCCCCAGCACAGAAGAACACACAACCAGCCACCGCAUCGUCUCCGGCAUCGGCUCCAGCAGCAUCGACGCUUUCUUCCACCUCAUCAAGCGCCAUCGACAUGUCAUCGACGUCCUCACUUAGGCAUCGCGACAUGACAACUUCUCGACUCAACUCGCCUUUGGAUCAGCGCACGCGCGAAGCCCGCAAAAUGUACCGUACAUCCUUCUGCAAGGGUACCGUGAUCGAUGUGGUGCCACUUGAUCUCGCAAGCCUCGAGAGCACGAAAGCAUGUGCUCGUACGAUCACAGCCAAAGUGCCAUAUCUCACGCAUAUUAUUUUGAAUGCCGGAGGCGCUGCAUGGCUGGGUGUGGACUGGCUCAAAGCAACAUGGGAAAUCCUUACAAAUCUUCAUAAAGCCGUGACGCUGCCAUCCUUCAAGCUGCAGCGCUCGGGCGACAAGAGCAGUGAUGAUCUCGGCUGGGUUUGGCAAAUCAAUGCCGCUGGUCACUAUGUUCUCGCGAAGGAACUAGAGCCGCUUCUCUGUGCAUCACCAUAUGCAACGCCGUCACGCGUAAUUUGGACCGGCUCGCUCGAGGCAAAUGAAGCUGACUUUCAUGCACAGGACAUUCAGUGCUUGGAUCCACAAACGUCACCUCGUCCAUACGAGUCUACAAAGUAUCAAUGUGAGCUCUUGGCUCUAGGCAUGGAUCAGCGCUACACUUCGAGUACGCAGCCGCAUAUGCCACGCGCAUACACAGCCCAUCCGGGCAUUGUGGCCACUAGCAUCUUUAGUGGCGUGAUCCCAGCUAUCAUGAUGGUUCUUAUGAAACUGGUUUUCUACUUGGUGCGUAUUUCCCCUACAUGCCUCUUUGAUGGGCUAUAG